UAGCGAGUAGAUCGAGUAUGUGAGGUUUGAACGAAGUACAUUUGAUAUACGCUUGUAUGUGAGAUAAAGAAGAAAUUAAUCGUUUGUCACUUAUAUAUCCGCUCUAUUUAAUAAUACAGUUAUAUACAAGCAAUUUCAAGAAUGUCCGUCACGAUUCGACGAGUAUUUUUCACGCGCGUAGCUGGAAAUUAUCGGAAAAGUUUAAUGAGGCAAAGUGUUAGGGAAAGAACUAAUGGAACGCUUAUAAAAGAAGAAUCAACCGAUGACAGUUGCAAAACUAAUAUUCCUGCACCCGAACCGGGUAAAUUUCAAGCAGCGAUCUUGGAUAAGUACGAUAAUUCGUUGAUUAUACAAAACAUAGAAUCGUUCACAACAGCUCAACCAAACGAAGUUAUCAUCGACGUAAAUUAUUGCUCCGUAAAUCAUUCUGAUGUAUUGUUGAGUAAAAACUUGUACCUAUACGAACCAAAAUUGCCCAUUACGCUUGGGUAUGAACUAGUCGGUGACUUAGUUUACGUAGGAAAGGACGCGCAAGAGAAAGGCUAUAAAAUUGGAGACAAGGUUAUAGCGCUUAAUAAAGAACGAUACGGAGGAUUUGCGGAACGAUGCGUAGCAGAAGUUGCAGAUAUUUGGAAAGUACCAUCAAAUGUUAAAUCAUUAGACGCUGUAUGUCUUCUUAACGAUUAUAUGAGUGCUCUCAUCGCAUUGGAAAGAGUAGUGUCCAUAGAUGAAAAUGAUAUGAUUUUAGUAAAUGUGGGCUUAAGCAGCGUAGGUUUGGCAACCAUUGAUCUUGCCAAUAAUGUAUUUAGAUCGCAGGUGAUCGGUAUUUGUAUCAAUAACGACGAUGCUGUUCUCGUUCACAACAAGGGUGUAUUUGCGUCCUUUGCGUACGACGAACGAGACUUGGUGGAAUGCAUAAAAGAAAUUAUCGGCGACAAAGGCAUUAAGGCUAUUUUCGAUGUAGAUGGCGGCGAAUAUUUCAAGAAAGUUUUAAAAUGUUACACUGAUAUAUAUAAAAGUGGCACAUCAUUGAAAGAUUUACUGCGCGAUGAUAAUUUUACUGUGGCGAUACAUCAUUUAUCUCGUGAAGGGCGUAUAGUAAUUGCCGGCGCAGCUGCCGCUAAGGAGGAUGCACAAUCGAAGGUCGAAGCAGGUUCUUUUAGUAUCACCGGUUUUAACCUUAAUGAAUACAGAAAAAAGGAUCCAGAUAGCUAUCGACAAGCCGGACAAGAAGUCUUAGAUUUUUACGAAGAAGGCCUCGUUAUCCCAGUUCAUUCUACGAUUUUUGGUCUGUAUAAAGUCAACGAGGCGUUACGUUUCUCUUCCGAGGGAAAAACUUCUGCAAAGGUCAUUGUAGAUAUUAAGAAUAAAGAACAUAUAGUUCUCGCAAAUAAGGAUGAAGAUAAAUAGAACGCAGAUAAGGUUUGAAAAUAAAAAAUAUAAAUAUCAUGAUA